CCAUAUUGCAUUCAUCAAUAACAACAACAGACAGAGCCCAUCAGGGCGAAAUGUACUUUUAACUUAGCAUUUCGUCUUCAUUCGGACUGUGUUGCCAGUAACAGUUAGCUGUUAUUUAGAUAGCGUCUUCUGUAGGCCUAUAUUUAAUUUUUGGGAGUGAGGUUGCAGCAUCCGCCGCCGUGAGUUGACGUCUGGCUCUUUUGAAGUCACGUUCGUCUGACUAGCUGGUGGGAACAUUUGCUGACAGAGCAGACCAGAGAUGAGCUAAGGACAGGAAGGAACACUUCUCUGCACACUCUGGCUUGUCGGGAAGGGGGUUAAAAACCGGACCAGUUAGGCGUGAUUGAUGGUUCUGCGGAGGCUCCACACAGCGCUUUUGCCGUAGCCGACUCAGGUGAUGAGAGUUGAGAGGCUGUAGCUGAAUGUCAGCGGUCAUGGAGGACGACAGCCGGCCUCUGCUGAGCUCCGAGCAGACUGGAGAGAGCUACUCCACAGACUCACCGGACUUUAAGGCUAAAAGGCCCUUCCACGUAGAGCCCAGGAAUAUCGUAGGUGAUGACCCGCAGGAGAGAGUCUCUGCAGAGGCUGCCAUCCUCAACAGCCGAGUCCAUUACUACAGCAGACUGACAGCCUCUUCUGACAGAUUGCUAAGUCCUCCAAACCAUGUGAUCCCCCGGCAAGAGGAGAUCUACAUCUACAGCCCACUGGGGACAGCUUUCAAGGUGACAGGCAGCGACCCCUCCUCUAAAAACCCCAGUAUCAUCACCAUAUUUGCUAUAUGGAACACAAUGAUGGGCACAUCGAUACUCAGCAUACCUUGGGGUAUAAAGCAGGCUGGUUUCACUCUGGGGAUCCUCAUCCUCAUCUUCACAGGCCUGCUGAUGCUCUACUGUUGUUACAUCGUUCUCAAAUCACCAAAGGCAAUACCAGAUAUGGACACUUCCGACUGGGAAUUCCCUGAUGUUUGUAGUUACUACUUUGGCAAGUUUGGCAAGUGGUCCAGCUUGUUCUUCUCGAUGGUGUCACUUAUUGGAGCCAUGGUGGUUUACUGGGUUCUCAUGUCCAAUUUCCUCUACAACACCGGACAGUUCAUCUACAACUAUGCUCACAAUGUCAACAUGUCAGAUUCAGAGUUUGGAACCAACGGCUCAGAUAGAGUCAUCUGUCCAUACCCAAACACUGAACCCGGAGGGAACCACACCAUCAGCACACUAUACAUCAGUGGAAAUGACACUUCUGAUGGCACCUCUUUUGAACACUGGUGGAGCAAAACCAACACCAUCCCCCUCUACCUCAUCAUCCUGCUGCUGCCGCUGCUCUGCUUCCGCUCAGCCGCCUUCUUUGCCCGGUUUACUUUCUUGGGCACCAUAUCAGUGGUCUACCUGAUUGUGCUGGUAACGAUUAAAGCUGUCCACCUCGGCUUCCACCUAGAGUUCCACUGGUUUGACACAACCAAGAUCUAUGUUGCAGAGUUCAGACUGCUCUUCCCUCAGUUCACUGGUGUCCUCACGCUGGCCUUCUUCAUUCAUAACUGCAUCGUCACGUUAAUGAAGAACAACAAACACCAAGAGAACAAUGUGCGGGACCUGUCUGUGGCUUAUCUUCUAGUAGGGCUGACCUAUCUGUAUGUGGGAGUGUUGAUCUUUGCUGCCUUUCCCUCACCUGCUCUCUCCAAGGACUGCAUUGAGCCGAACUUCUUAGAUAACUUCCCCACCAGUGAUGUGUUGGUGUUUGUGGCUCGGGCCUUCCUGUUGUUCCAGAUGAUCACAGUCUACCCCCUGCUGGGAUACUUGGUGCGGGUCCAGGUGAUGGGCCAGAUCUUUGGCAAUCAUUACCCCAGUUUCCUCCACGUUGUGGCACUGAACAUCGUAAUAGUUGGAGCUGGUGUCCUGAUGGCCAAGUUCUAUCCCAAUAUUGGAUCCAUCAUAAGGUUUUCUGGAGCGACAUGUGGCUUGGCUCUAGUGUUUGUCUUCCCUGCCUUAGUCCACAUGAUCUCCCUGAGAAGGCAGGGGCUGCUCCGCUGGCCGUCAGCCAUCUUCCACAGUUUCCUGGUCCUGUUGGGCAUGGCCAACCUGCUGGCUCAGUUCUUCAUGUAGAGAAGCAGUCAGAGACAGACUCCUAACCAAUGUUAGGAGUCUGUCUCCUAGUGUGUUUUAUCCCACGUAUGUCAUGGCCACUAAAAUAAUGCCCAGAUGAACGUCAGCAGCCUCCAGCUAAUCAGAUUUAUUGUCUGUUUCUAUGGUAUCAAAAAGAAGGUAUUAAAUAUCACACACUUCCUGUA